GUAGACGAAACAUGCAUUGUUCGUCGUAAAUACAAUGUGGGCUGUAUCGUGCGCAAGGACUGGUUAGUUGGAGGAAUUCAGGAUGGGACGAAACUUGUGUUCGUGGAGAUAACGGAUGAUCGCAGCUCUGCCACCCUUGAUGCUAUCAUCCAGAAGUAUGUGCGACCAGGAGGUGUCGUCCGCACGGACAUGUGGAGAGGAUACAACAACUUGACCAACCUGGGACACAAACACGAAACGGUAAACCACUCUGCAAACUUUGUGAAUCUCGCAACAGGAGUACACACAGCGCAUCGAGAACUUCUGGGGAUUCAUUUUCUCGUUGAACUCGGUGUGCAUGACAAGGAGGCUCCGCCAAACAGCAUGCCAUUGAACUAUCCCAUUGGGCGGGGGGACAGCAGAGGAGGGCAGGCGGACAAAUCUACGCCGGGUUACCUCUACGAACCCUCCUUUUGUGCCUACGCCAAACACUUGUUAUACGACGUAAGC